GUUGCCCCUUUGAUCAGAGACUGGAAGUGGACACAUAGAUCUCCAUCUGAUUUUUGACUUAUCAACAACUAAGACAUUUGACUAAAAUCUAUUUAUCAACUCUCAGAACCCAGCUUGCUCAUUUUCAGAAGAUAACAAUGCACCAUGUGUAAACGUGAAUGCUGUACUCACCUAACUACAACGCAGUUCGUAUGUUACUAGAUAAUCUGGAGUCUGCUCUACCUCUUCCUUCAUAUUGCCUUCAAAUAUUGCACGUCAACACAAAGUGACUAGGCUUAAAUAUUCUACAUAACACCCAAAGUUGUUAAAGUGGUCAUCUGACAACAGGUUACUUUAGUCUCCAGUAGAAGUGCAGAAAUGCCAUCAGACUCUGCGGCACCACUUCCAAACCCACUUCCUCCUGAUGGAGGGUGGGGCUGGGUUGUAGUCUGCGCGUCCUUUAUCUCCAUUGGAUUUUCAUAUGCCUUCCCCAAAGCUGUCACGGUAUUCUUCAAAGAUAUCCAGGAAAUAUUCCACACCUCCUCCAGUCAGAUUGCGUGGAUAUCGUCCAUCAUGCUGGCUGUCAUGUAUGCGGGAGGUCCCAUCAGUAGUAUGUUGGUGAAUAACUAUGGCAGCCGGCCUGUGGUGAUAGUAGGAGGAUUAUUAUGCUGUGCCGGAAUGAUCUUGGCUUCCUUCAGCAAGAGCGUGAUAGAGCUUUACCUCACUGUUGGCCUCAUUGGAGGUUUAGGAUUAGCAUUCAACCUGCAACCAGCCUUAACAAUAAUUGGGAAAUACUUCUAUAGGAAACGGCCCCUUGCCAAUGGCUGCGCCAUGGCUGGAAGUCCUGUUUUCUUAAGCACACUGGCUCCUUUCAAUCAGUAUCUAGUUAACGAGUACGGCUGGAAGGGGAGUUUUUUGAUUUUGGGAGGCAUAUUUUUGCACUCCUGUGUGGCCGGAAGCCUCAUGAGACCUGUCAGGCAAAGUCCACGUUCUGUGAAGUCUAAAAGUAAGGUUGGCUCAAAGCAUGAUGCAAGUAUGAAGAAAGCCAGUAAGGUAUCAACAGCACAAAAGAUUAAUAAGUUUUUAGAUUUCAGCCUUUUUGCUCAUAGAGGAUUUUUGAUCUACCUAUCUGGAAAUGUCGUGUUGUUUUUAGGGAUUUUUGCUCCUAUUAUAUUCUUGGCCCCAUAUGCUAAACACAAAGGAGUGGAUGACUAUAACUCAGCUUUUUUACUGUCCGUGAUGGCUUUUACCGAUAUGUUUGCUCGGCCUUCUGUAGGAUUAAUAUGCAACACUAAGUUAAUCCGUCCACGAAUCCAGUACUUCUUCAGUGCGGCAAUCAUGUUUACCGGCAUAUGCCAUCUCUUAUGCCCCCUAGCGCAUUCCUACUCAGCUUUGGUGGUCUACGUUAUAUUUUUUGGAGUGGGAUUUGGAAGUAUUAGCAGUCUCCUCUUUGAAUGUCUUAUGGACCUUGUUGGAGCUGCCAGGUUCUCCAGUGCUGUGGGACUUGUAACAAUUGUGGAAUGCUGUCCGGUUCUCUUAGGCCCUCCUUUGGCUGGUAAAUUGCUUGAUAUAACUGGACAAUAUAAAUACCUGUACAUAGCCAGUGGGAUAGUCGUGUUAACAUCAGGCACUUACCUACUGAUUGGCAAUUGUAUCAACUAUAGCCUUCUCGAAAAGGAAAGGAAGAGAGAGAAAGCAAAGAAGAUGAAAUCUGCUACUCAUCAGUCCAAAGAAAUGGAGGCUAUGAGCAGACCUAAAGAGGACGAACUUGCUGUCAAAGUUUCUAAUGCACAAAAUCUUCCCUCAGAAAGGGACAAAGAAAGUAGUAUUUAACAAGUCUCAUCUCCGAAUCAGUGUUCUUGAAUUUACUUAUGAGUUUCUUUGUGUUUUUUUCAAAGAAUUGCAAAGGAUUUUAGCUGCAACAAAAGAUCACAAACAGUAAGGAAACUGUUAUCUUCCCCAAUGACAUACUAUAAAUUAAUGCUUUAUAAUUGGUUGGGAUGGUUAACUUUUGAGAUUGUGCAUGUAGAAAAUCCACACCAUUGCUUAUCUGCGCGUAUGAGUUUUGAUGAAAACAGAGAAUUUUUUUUUUUAAAUCCUCUGCCUACUUUUCCUUUUAGCUGCAGAAUGAGAUGGGCAUCCUAGACCCCAGCUUAUUCACAAUUCAACAUUAAUUCCACAUAACAACUCUCUUCAAGGUUCAUCGUUCAUCUGGUAUUAAGUCAUGAAGUGAAUUGAGGACAAUCAUUUUCCUUUUCAACACACAAAGAAUCACACAUGUAUUCACACAAACACUGAGUAUCGGGAGAUCAUAAAGAAAUAAAUGAAUUUGAAAAAAU